AUAAUGCAAUGGAACAAUUGGACCUUCAGCUAUGACUUCAUCCUGCUGGGAAUUUUUGAUCAUAGCCCUCUGCAUACUUUUUUCUUUUCACUUACACUGGGCAUCUUCUUCAUGGCCAUCUUGGGUAAUUCUAUCAUGGUACUUCUCAUCUACUUGGAUGUUCAACUUCACACCCCGAUGUAUCUUCUUAGCCAACUUUCCCUCAUGGAUCUCAUGCUCAUAUGUACUACAGUGCCCCAGAUGGCCUUCAACUUCCUCUCUGGGAACAAGUCCAUCUCCACUGCUAGCUGCGGAUGCCAGAUAUUCUUCUAUGUAUCUCUACUUGGAGCCGAAUGUUUUCUGUUGGCAUUAAUGGCCUAUGACCGUUAUGCGGCUAUUUGCCAUCCAUUAAGGUAUCCUAUUCUCAUGAGUCAUAAAAUCUGUAGUCUCAUGGCUGCCUCCUCAUGGAUUCUUGAUUCCCUUGAUGGCAUAAUAGAAGUUGCAGCAGCAUUGUCCUUUUCGUAUUGUGGUGCCAGAGAAAUACCUCACUUUUUCUGUGAGGUUCCAGCCCUGCUCACUCUUUCAUGCAGUGAUACCUCAAUAUAUGAAAUGAUGAUAUUUUUCUGCUGUGUAAUUAUGCUUAUCUUCCCUGUAACAAUCAUUAUUACUUCCUACACUCGUGUGAUUCUGGCUGUCAUUCGAAUGUCCUCUGCUGAGAGUCGCCACAAGGCUUUUGCAACCUGUUCCUCUCACCUUGUGGUGGUGGGAAUGUACUAUGGGGCAGCCAUGUUCAUUUACAUGAGACCCUCUUCUGGUCGUUCUCCUAAUCAGGACAAAAUGGUGUCAGCUUUCUAUACCAUCCUUACUCCUAUGUUGAAUCCCCUCAUUUAUUGUCUCCGCAACAGAGAAGUAGCCAGAGCAUUCUUAAAAGUGUUACAGAUGAACAAGGUUGCAGUGUGA